AUGAAGAGGAGCCGCAGGCGUACAGACACCCCGUUCGGGGAGGGACAGUCUCCUUUCGAUGCCGAGUCUCUUUACAGAGACGCCAGCGACAAAAAGGCCCUGGAGAGUUUAAAUGAGUUUCAAAGAGAAGCCGAGUUGGCCCGCCGCUACGAAGAGUUUGCGCGGCAGCGGCAAAGAGAAGAACUUUUGAAGAAUGAAAGGGACAGAAGAGACGGCCGGCUGGAGGCUCUCUCUGACAUCCGGGCGCGGCGGGCGCGGAUGAAGCAGCUGCAGAGCAAGGCCUCGGACACCAGCUUGCUGACGAGGGGGGGUCCCCUGCUGCUGAGCCAGCAGCAGCAGCAGCAGCAGCAGCAGCAGCAGCAGCAGCAGCAGCAGCAGCAGCAAAGCCCGCGGGCAGCCAGGCGGAGAGCCGGGCGGUCUCCAAGAAAAGGCCCACCGUAA